AUGCGCCUUCUCCUCUACCUUCUCCUCCUCUCCCUCUCGUUCUCACAAACUCUCUCUUCACCAACAGAACUUGAACUCCUAAUGCAAAUCAAGGCUUCUUUAGACCCACAACACAGGUUCUUGACCUCAUGGGAAUCCAAAAAAGACCCAUGUGGUGGUUCUUUUGAAGGUGUGGCAUGCAAUGAACUAGGCCAUGUGGCUAACAUCUCCCUUCAAGGGAAGGGUCUUUCAGGCCAAAUUCCAGCAGCUUUAGGUGGGCUAAAGAGUUUGACUGGUUUGUACUUGCAUUUUAAUGCAUUGAAUGGAGUGAUACCGAAAGAGAUUGCCGAGUUGAGUGAACUCAGUGAUUUGUAUCUUAAUGUUAAUAACUUGUCCGGAGAGAUUCCACCCCAGAUUGGUAACAUGUCUAAUCUUCAAGUUUUGCAGCUUUGCUACAAUAAGUUGACUGGGAGUGUACCAACACAAUUGGGAUCUCUGGAGAAGCUCAGUGUCCUUGCUCUGCAAUAUAAUCAACUAACUGGUGCAAUUCCUGCGAGUCUGGGGGAUUUGGGGUUGUUGUCAAGGUUGGAUUUGAGCUUUAAUGGCCUCUUUGGUCCAAUACCUGUAAAAUUAGCUAAAGCUCCUCUGCUGCAAACUCUAGACAUUCGCAACAAUAGUCUCUCUGGGAAUGUACCUCCAGCUUUGAAGAAGCUAACCACUGGAUUUCAAUAUAGCAACAACCCUGACUUGUGUGGAGUUGGGUUUUCUAACCUUGAAACAUGUGCGAUUUCUGAUCCUAUUAAACCUGAACCUUCCAAACCUAAUGUUGCUUUGGCAAAGGACAUCCCAGAGUCUGCAAACCCGGCUAAUUGCAGCAAAAGCGUCUGUUCAAAUACGUCCAAAACCCCAAGGUAUGGUACCAUAUUCGGAGGGAUUGGAGUUUUCAUUGCGAUGUCUGUCACUGGGCUUCUGAUGUUCUCAUGGUACCGACGCCGUAAACAGAAAAUUGGAAGUGCUUUUGAUACUUCGGAUGGCCGGCUUAGCACUGACCAGGCCAAGGAGGUUUACAGGAAGAGUGCCUCCCCGCUCAUUAGCCUAGAAUAUUCCAAUGGGUGGGAUCCCUUGGCCGUUGGUAGAAGCAAAAGUGGGUUUUCUCAAGAAGUUCUUGAGAGCUUCGUGUUUAAUUUAGAAGAGGUUGAGCGUGCAACUCAGUGCUUUUCAGAGGUGAAUUUGUUGAGGAAGAGUAAUUUCUCAGCUACCUACAAAGGGAUCCUGAGAGAUGGGUCAGUUGUUGCCAUAAAGUGCAUCACCAAAACAAGUUGCAAGUCUGAUGAAGCUGAUUUUUUGAAGGGGUUGAAGAUAUUGACCUCGUUGAAACAUGAAAAUCUGGUGAGAUUGAGAGGUUUUUGCUGCUCAAAGGGAAGAGGGGAGUGUUUCCUCAUCUAUGAUUUUGUCGCAAAUGGAAACCUGGUGCAGUAUCUUGAUGUAAAGGAUGGCAGUAGGAAGGUUCUUGAAUGGUCGACCAGAAUUUCUGUCAUAAAUGGCAUUGCUAAAGGUCAGUGUAUCUCCUUGCUUGCAGAAGUUGCAAUUACAAAGCUUUCUGAGACAAGUGCGUUUGUUGAAGUUGUUGCACAUGUGUUAUUUUAUUUGGUUCUUUCCUAUUCAGGUAUUGCAUACUUACAUGGAAGUAAAGGAAAUAAACAUGCUGUAGUUCAUCAAAAUAUAUCAGCUGAGAAAGUGUUCUUGGACAGACGGUAUAACCCCUUGCUCUCAGAUUCAGGCCUGCACAAACUCCUUGCAGAUGACAUUGUCUUCUCCAUGCUCAAAGCCAGUGCUGCCAUGGGAUAUUUGGCUCCUGAGUACACGACCACUGGCCGUUUCACAGAAAAGAGUGAUGUUUAUGCAUUUGGCAUGAUUGCACUUCAAAUCCUCAGUGGAAAACGUAACAUCACCCAAUUGACUCGUCAUGCAGCUGAGUUAUGCAGGUUUGAAGAUUUUAUUGAUGCAAAUCUUGAAGGAAACUUCUCAGAAUCAGAGGCAGCCAAGCUUGGAAGAAUAGCUCUUCGUUGCACUAAUGAAUCUCCUCAUCACAGGCCAACCAUGGAAACUGUGAUGCAAGAACUAAGUGAAUCUAUGGUCGCUGCUCAACUUAUUUGA